AUGGCUAGUCAGAAUGAUGAAGAGGAGAGUGAAGCCAACAAGAACCCAGUUUUUGAUCAAGAACCUGAAAGGAAUGUCCUCCCUAAUGCUUUACCUGAUUCAGCGGAGGAGUCAAAAGAGGAUCUGGCAAGGCAAGAAGACCAAGAUGUAAUACAAAGUCCAGCCUUCAAAGACAACCCUCCAGCCGAAGAUGAAAGCCAACCUACAGGCGAUGAAGAAGGUGACACCGACCUCCUCAGUCUGCCCUUCCCCAGGAAGCUGUGGAUCAUAGUGCAGAACGAAGCAUUCGAGUCUGUGAGUUGGAAUGAGGAAGGAGAUGCAAUCCUGAUUAAAAUCGAUCUUUUCCAGAGAGAAGUCCUUCACCGCAAGGGAACAAAAAAGAUUUUUGAAACAGACAGUUUGAACACUUUUAUUCACCAGCUCAACUUGUAUGGAUUCAGAAAUAUAUACCCUGAGGCCUCAACAGUUUCCUCUGGAGAGAAUGGGAGAAUAAUGAUGUACUGUAAUGUCAACUUUCAGAGAGAUAAGCCUGCACUCCUUGAGUAUCUCUGGGGAAAAGAAGACCUGGGAAAUCUUCCCCACCAAGUGAUCUGUGUACCCGUUCCACUUAGCCUUUCUCAAGAGCCAACUUCAAAGAAAAAGAAGGUGUUACCAACCAGAUAUUCUCCACGAUUCUAUCAUAAGGCUGAGGAAGAAGACGGUGAAGAAGAGUCAAAGAAGAAAAUUGUGUAUAGUACUGUAUGGGCUAUGAAAUCUGUCCCUGGGAGUUCCCUAGAAAAGCAGUCUCCUGGGGAGUCAAGUAACCCAACUGCGGAAGACACCUCAGGAAAUAUUGUCUGUGUGCCUCCAGCUGAUCCUGGAACUGAAGGCACAGAAGAAGUACCCCAUGCUCACUCAUCGGAGCACCCCAUUUUGGGAUCUAUGAUGUCUCUGUAUAACAACUCCUGUUCUGUCCUAUUGUCUGCCCUCUCCAAAAGGCCAGCAAAUGAAUCCCCUGAUGAAGAAGAGCAGGAAGGCUCCUCAGAUUACAAGUGUGUAACCUGUGAAUCCAUACGCAAUAGGCGUCGCUUAUGA